AUGGCGGCACCGGCUUAUCAAAAGAUUGGACAAUCGGAUUCAAUCACAGAAGAGUCGGAAGGCCAUACACCCACUCCUUCCGAAUCUAUAAUAUCUCCUCCCCCGUUCAGCCCACCUGGGAAGCUUGAUUCACCAUCCGUCAUCCGAUCAUACAUAAUUAAUAUCCUCCAUGGAAAACAUGAGUUGUCGAUAGAGCAGGCAGAAGACAUUGCCUCGAAAUGGCAGACAGGGCUGGGAUACGAAUUUUUAGCAAUGGACCUCGACAAGUACAAGGGGAUCUUUGGAACCGAGUUUGGCGAGCGGCUCUUCUAG